CUGGUUCUGAACGAAAUGAUGAGUGAUCCAGACUGCAAGGGGACCCUGGACACCAAUGCAAACCCCCCAGUCGUGCGGUUCAAUUUCCCCCUGAACAAGACCAACUCCUGUGGCAGUCAGUUCAUAACGACCAGCGCCCCUGGCACUGGGAUAUUUUCAGAUUUCUCCAACAUCCAGACGGUCAACAUCAGCGGUAUAAUUCGGUCAAACGACCCCACCACAGGCACCAUCACCUACAACGCAGAGCUGAAGUAUUUCUACUCUUGCGCCUACCCUUUGGAGUACCUGGUCAACAACACACAGAUUGAUGUGUCGGCAUCCUCCAUUGCGGUGAAAGACAACAAUGGCAGCUUCAUCAGCACACUGAGCCUCGAUUUAUUCAGCGAUCCAGACUACACCUCACCAAUGGUCAUUCCACCCUUGGGAGUUGAGCUGAGGACUAACAUCUAUGUGCAAGUCAAGGCAACAAACUUGACCUCCCAAUACUAUGUGCUUCUGGACCGAUGCUAUGCCUCCACGUCUCCAUACCCCACCAACUCAACCUUUUUCAACCUCUUUGUUUCGUGCUCAAGAGACCAGCUGACGACGAUGAGUGAGAAUGGAGAGAGUCAGAACGCCCGGUUCUCGUUUCCAGCUUUCCGUUUCCUUGAGCAGCAGAAUGAGACCGUUUCCACCUACUACCUGCACUGCAUUACCAGACUCUGCGAAAGGAGCACCUGCCCUCAGUUCAAGGAGUGCAACAACAAUGGCAAGAGGAAGAGGAGAGAUGUAGAGCCAACUGGAAUUAGCAAUGGCUUGUCCAACUCCACCACCAUCACUGGAGGGCCAAUCAUCACCAGAGCAGACAGCAUUCAAACAUCGAAGGAAGAAGUGCUGUCUGGAUCCAAUAGCCCCGAUGCUUCAAUCGGUCUGGGCGUGGCUGUUGGUGUUCUGACCCUUGUCUGCAUCGUUGUGGUCGGUAUGGCAUUCUUCUUCUACAAGAGACUGCACCCCGGCACCUCCAAGAUGCUUCGCAGCUAAGCGCCGAACAGGCCAGGACCUGAUUUCUCAUGGUAACUUGGGAUCAUAUCCCUCAGAGAUACGUUUUUAAGCAGUGUGUUAGCGUGCUUAUGUUACGGCGCUGGUGGAGGACUGAGCGCAGGCUCAUUGAUGCUUUUGUUUAUGCUUUUUUCCAGAGCUGUUUAUCUUUAUUAGCAAGAUCUUUGUUAGCGAUAUGUGAUAACUGUAGCAAGACGUAUGUGUAUAUACGUAUUAAAAGUGCACAAGUGAAAAGCAACAAUGCAUCUUAAGGCAACUCACUUGAACAAGACUGUUACAAACUGGGUUUGUUGUCAUAGUACUUUAUGCAGAAAUGCUGGAAAUUUUUAUGAAUUUAAAUCAAAGUCAUCAAA